AUGGACAAGUCAGAUGAGGUUCUUCUUCCAGGUUUCCGAUUUCAUCCUACAGAUGAAGAACUCGUCGGCUUUUAUCUCAAGAGAAAGAUUCAACAAAAACCUCUUUCCAUUGAGCUCAUCAGGCAGCUAGACAUCUACAAGUAUGAUCCAUGGGAUCUCCCAAAGCUUGCAAGCACCAGGGAGAAAGAAUGGUACUUUUACUGCCCAAGGGACCAGAAGUAUCGGAAUAGUGCCAGACCAAAUAGAGUAACAGGAGCAGGAUUCUGGAAAGCAACAGGAACAGAUAGGCCAAUUUACUCUUCAGAAGGAACCAAGUGCAUAGGCCUGAAGAAGUCUCUUGUCUUUUACAAAGGGAGAGCUGCAAAAGGGAUCAAGACUGAUUGGAUGAUGCAUGAGUACAGGCUUCCUUCAGUCAAUGAACCCUCGUUUCCUAAAACACCAAAAAACAAAAAUAUUCCAGCCAAUGAUGCAUGGGCUAUUUGUAGGAUAUUUAAAAAGCCUAGUGCUGUGGCACAAAGAGUGCUGUCUCACUCCUGGGGUUCUCAAUCAAUUGCAACAACAGCUGCUUUGCAGUCCAUACAAGCUUCACAUUUUGCUUUGGAAAGCUCCUCUUGCUCAGCAAAUCGGUUCAACAGCCAACAGUAUUUGCAGAAGCGGCAGCAGCAGAAGCUCAACAGUUCACAGGAUGGUUCUCAUGGUUCUUCAUGUAAAGUCAUAAACUUCAACCGCAGUCCAUCUUUAGCUCAUCCAUCAGAGAAAGACAUCCAUAGCAAUCCGCUCAUCUUGCCAUUUGAAACACAAUCUCUGCAGAAAUCAUCAGAUGGCACAUCAGUGCUUCUAAGCAUGGCCCCAGGAAUAAUCAAUAGCAUGAAUGAAGUUUUGCCAAACACAAAGUUCAAACAGCUUGAACCAUCCAAUGGAUACGUGGUUGAUUGGGAUAUAGACACAAAUGGAGGUAUUGAAAAUAGCAAUGAUGAUCCAUAUAGAAGAAAACCCUGUAAUGAAUACAGUUCGGGCAAUGAGUGUGGAAUUCCACAAAAAAUGAAAUUCCUAUUUGAUUUAGGGGUAGAUUCGCCAGAUGAUUGGACAAGCAACAUGCCAUGUGAUUCUCUCCCUUGUCCCCCACCUCCCACAGAAAUGUCCAAUAGCAGCUCUACUGAAAAAUAUUAUGCAUAGUUACAUGCGUAACACUAAGAGCUACCUUCAUCUGUUAGCAAACGACCACCAGUGUACAUUUUCAGUUAGGUUUAUAUCUUAUGAACUAUACCCAUGUUAACAGAAAAGCUAUCAGAGAGACGAAUAGCUUGGUUUA